CAAAGAUCCCUAUAUAUUAACACCCACCACCUUAGGAGAAUAUACACAUUUAACACAAUAACACAUACACCUUCCCCUUGUUGUUUUUUCUCUCCAACACCAUGACAAGGAAGAAGGUUAAGCUAGCCUUCAUCACCAAUGACUCAGCCCGAAAAGCGACGUACAAGAAGCGAAAGCGAGGUCUAUUGAAGAAGAUGGACGAGCUGACGACCCUAUGUGAUGUCAAGGCUUGUGCCAUUCUCUACAGCCCGUAUGAGGCCCGGCCUGUGGUGUGGCCUGGACCGUCCGGGGCUCGAGACGUGAUCGCGAGCUUUAAACGGCUGCCGGAGAUGGAGAAGGUGAAGAAAAUGGUUAGCCAAGAGGAGUUUUUAAGGCAGAGGGUGUCUAAGGCACAUGAACAGUUAAAGAGGCAACAAAAAGAAAAUAGAGAAAAAGAGAUGACUCAAAUUAUGUAUGAGUGUUUGACUGGUAAGAGUAUACAAAAUAUGAGUUUUUUAGACUUAAGUGAUCUUGGUUGGGUGAUUAAUCAAAAUUUGAAUGAAAUUAACAAGAGAAUUGAGGGUUUCGAGAAAGGAAAGUCUAGUUCUAAUGGGGUGGGCCCUGGGAUGGAGAGUGAAGUUUUGCAAGCACAAAAGGGGAAUUUUGAUGCCAUGCAAAUGCAAAUGAUGGUGCAACCAUGGUCAUCAUUUAUGGAUAUGAUGGGACCACCGAUGGUGUUUGAUCAUCAUCAACAACAUUCUCAUCCACAUCCACAUGCACAUCCACAUCCACAUCAUGGUAUGGGGAUGGGAGGAGGAGGGUUAGGAAAUGGGUUAUAUGGUGGAGCAAGUGGUGGUGCUAGUAGUAGUACUAGUAAUACUAAUAGUACGAAUAUGGUGAUGAUGAUGGGUCAGUUUGGUGAAUACCAUGGCCAUGGUAUUAAUCCAGCUUUGUGGUCUAAUGCUUUCUUCCCUAAAUGA